UUUUUUAAUUUUUUAUGCGUGCCUUGCUGCAUACUUUUGUGCCCAGGUUGAAAGAGUACCAACAACUGCAACAACAAUAACGAGAACAGUAACAGCAAAAGCGACAACAACAACAACAACAACAACUACUCAAAAAGUGCCAGGCACAAGACAAGCCCAAGACCCAGACAAAGAGGCCGUGCUGAGUUCGAGGUAGAGACUGAGGAAGAGCCGUCUCCACCAUUUAACUUCAUUUACUUACAUCUAAAAACGCAGUUGAAAUAAACGACUUCACGACGCUGGCGGAUUUGCUAAAAAACAUUAGAUCCUUGUGGCUAACGAGGAAACGGCAACGGAAUUGGAAUCAUUCAGCAGGCCAAGUCCGACUGGGUGAGUCUGAGGAAUCAGAGGCUCAAACUCUGGGCAUUUAUACGCUACAACAGCCGCAUAAAUUUCCGCUUCAAUUGGACGUGUACAACAGUCGGAGUGGAGGAGGAGGAGGAGGAAGCAACAUCAACAGGGGCAGCGGUCGUGGUAAUUGUAGCUGUGAUUACCAGUUCCAGGACUCAAAAGCUUCGACAGCGGCAACAACUCAGCGACAACAGCAACGGCAAUCAACACUUUCCGAAACCAAAUUUAUUGAAAGUUCAAUGGCUCAAACAAUGGAGUGUACGAGUAGCAGCAAUCAAAAUUCUAUUUAUGUACUUAAUGCCAGUUACAAUGCAUAUGGGGACUUUGGCACAUAUGCUGCUGCUGCCGGGGCUGCUUCGGCUCUGGCUGCUGCUACUGGGCCAACAAAGCGUGAACCAACAAGGACGAGGCCAAGUUGCAGUUUGCAGCAUAAAUUCAAAACUUUUGGUGCCGGUUAUGGCGAAGUGGGUGUGGACUAUGGAGGCGGAAGCACAUCAAACUACGUAAAUCCUGCUACAUCAAUGUCAACCGCAAUGUGUUCACCGGCAACGGCAGCGUUGCAGAAAUUGUUCAAUUGCAGCGUCUCUGUUGGCAGCGGAGGCGGUUGCCAAAAUGUCAACAACAGCAAUAGCACUGGCAACAGCAACGGCAACAACAACAACAAUAACCCGACAGUCUCCAGCCAUAACAAUGGCUGUCUGUCAGCAGCAGGAAAAAUGCUUGAGAGCACAGCAGGAGUUGGCUCGGCAGGUGCUGUUGCCCUACACAAUGGCAACAGCAACAGCAACAUCACCGCAGCAACCAGCAACAACACGAAGAAGAAAUGCACCAAAUCAACGCUUAUUGCCAAGAAGACAAAGUUUUUGAAAUUUCUCGAAGAAGAAAAAUGGCGCAGCAGUGCCACAACGAGAGCACCAACAACAGCAGCCACAUCGACAACCACGAUGGAAACCUGCACAUCAAGCAAUGAGGCAGCCAGCUCUACAUCAACAUCAUCAUCAUCAUCAUCAUCCUUGGACCCUUACCACUCAUUUGUGGGCCAGCCAGGCGAAAAGGGCCAAACCAGUAGCAGUGGCAACAAUGGCAGGCACUUGAAAAAUCAGGAGUCAGCAUCAGCAGCAAGAGUCGAGCGGAAUAAAUUGAACAAUUGGAGCAUGCAUAAUGAUGACAACAACAAGUUGACCAACUAUAACUACCCACAGUACCAGCAACAGCAGCAAAAGCAGCAAAAGCAGCAGCAACAACAACAACAAUCUUUGAGUGCUAAGCCCCAAACAAGAUCCAGUUUUGAGCUCUACCAAGAGGCAGCCGACAUUUUGGGUCUAAGUUGUAGCCUCUGUGAUAAUUGCCGAUGCCUGGACUGUCAGAGCGGCUACUUUGAUUGCGCCAAUGACGACGACGACUACGAUGAUGAUGAUGACGACGAAAGCUAUGCUGAGGAACUGAUGGAUGAUGUCUACGAGGCGUAUGAUUAUGGCAUCGAAGAGCUGCAAAUGUUGUUGAUGGCUACGACGACAAGACAAAGACAAGAACGAGGACAAGUCCAAAUACAUGGACACGAACAAGUAGAAGGACAUCAGCGGGCCAUGUGCUACGCUGUUAAUUGCCAGCAAAAGUGCCAACAACUGCCAACUGAAGAACCUAACGAGAAGCAGCAGCAGGAGCAAGAGCAGGAGCAGCAGCAGGAGCAAGAGCAGGAGCAAGAGCAAGAGCAAAUGCCAGGAGCCAUGUUCACGUCUGGAGAGCAACAUCAUCGUUUGGCCAUUGAUUUUGAUUUAAUUAAUGCAACAGCAGCAACAACUGGCGACCAGCCACAGCUAGCAAAUUGUGAAACAUUCAACGACUUGAGUCUAAUUGAGAGCCAAAUCCAGCAGGAACCAUUCACGUAAAUUAAGACACCUUUUUGGAGAUAAUUAAAUUUAUUUAAAUAGCAGUGGCAAAAUGGACAAACACUUUGUUAAUUGAAUGUGACAUGUGGCCACAGUUCAGAUUACAAAAGGAAAUCGAAAUCGAAAUGAAAUGAAAUUAAAAUAAAUAAAGGAUAAUUACCAUAUACUAUAUACGAUAUGUAGAUUGGCUUUGACUCUGAUAUAAAAAAAAAACAACAAAUAAAAAGAACAUAUAAAAUUAAAAAUUACUUGUGCCAAAAAGCAAAAAAAAACCAAACCAAACCAAUUCCAAUUUCAAUGCUAAUCAAAAGAACAUAAAUUUAUAAUUAUACAUUU